AGGAUUCCCCCCGCCUCCCUCCUUGCCCUACGCUGCUGGCCGAGCCAUGGCCUCUCGGGCGCGCGAGUACGUUGCCCUGUUCUCCGCCGGGGUCGCCGGCACUGCCGUGGGAGGCGCCCUCGCGGCCGCCUGGCUGGCGCGGCGGCAGCGGCGCGCGGCUGGCGGCGGGGCAUUCCUGGCGGAGCAGUCCCGAGGUGUGGAUGAUACUGACGUUGUGUGCGAACCAUGCGAAGCAAAGUCGCUGGACGGUGUUCCUGUAACUGGAGUUCCCCUUGGAGUAGACCCUUAUUCGCCAGCGAAGAGACAAGGGGCAUUGUCUUGGGAUGAUUAUUUCAUGGCGUUGGCAUUCCUGUCGGCACAGCGCAGCAAAGAUCCAAACAAGCAGGUCUUGCCCAGCAGCACCUUCAGGAAUAACCUAGAUGAUGUCAUAUUGUACGUACAUGAUAGGAAGACGGGUGUGUAUGAGCGAGCACGGAGGUAACACAGCUUCACAGUUGCAUUAUUUGCAGUGCGACGCCCAGUCCAGGGCCAUCAGGGGCAUGUGGUUCUUAAACGUUCGGCAUCGUGCCAGGAUAGGUUCCCGUAAGUGGCCCCAUUGGCGACCGCGCCAGCUCGGUUGCACCUAACGCUGGAUGUUCGUAUUAGGUCGGUAUGUCUCCCGAUUUCAUUCGGACAGAAUUGCGAAGAAUGGGUUCUGCUCGCGAGCGAGGUCGGUGCGUGUAUCGUUAGCCGCUGCAACAUCAUCCUCUCUAUAGGCUGCUGGCGUUCCCCAUCAGUGAGAGCACGCUGGGAAUGAAAAGAGGCUUGUGUACAUGGCCCAGGUUAUGAAGUAAUCUGAUCGUUCGGUCAGGGAGCUAUCGGCAUUCAAUUUGCUUUGCCACAUGGACAAACGUAUGUUACGAGUGGUACCUUCUAUGUGCGUACGAACUUUAUGGGGAAACAUUGCUUCGCUCCUCGCCAGCAUCAUGGCUGCAGCUUCCUUGCACUCGACUUCGGGGUCGGGGAUGCCUGACAGUCGGAAGGAAAGGAGGAGGAAGAAGCGGAGGAUUGGCCCUUCGCCCUGUAUAGCUGGCGCUCGCUAUGCUGGAUGAGCCGUAUACCAACGCAUGUCGAGGAUGAGGAGGAGAUGGGUCUGCAGGUCGGUCCGCCCAUUGAGGGAACCACGUCAUAUUGUUCAUGAUGGCGACGAGAUAGCAGACGUUCCAUGUUCGCACAGAGAGUGUGCACCGAAGCGGAUGCCCUUCUCGAUCCGAUCUGCGAGUGCGCUGGGAAUACGCGCAGGCACAUUAAUGUUGAGAUAGCGAGACUGAGAGAGAGAAGGAGAAGCCAAACUGAAGCAAUGUACGGAGACCUCUAUACAUAUAACCGAG